AUGCGAAUAGAAUUAGCCGUGCGAUUAGCAUUGCUGUCGGGAUUGAGCCUGUGGUGCUUCAGUGGUGCAGCUGUGGCUCAGAGUCUACACGGCAAUGCGCUCUUCGAUGCGGUCGAGUUACUGCAACGUGGCGCAGCUCAAAUGUCUCUCGAGGCGUUAGAUGAUCGUGACAAGCUUCUUGGUGAAUAUGAUUUCAUUGUUGUCGGCGCUGGAACUGCCGGAUGUGCUCUGGCCGCACGUCUCUCCGAGAAUCCCAUGUGGAAGGUGCUACUUCUCGAGGCAGGCGGUCCCGAGAGUUAUAUUAUGGAUAUGCCAGUUUUGGCGCAUUAUUUGCAGCUUGGUGAAAUGAACUGGAAAUAUCGAACUGAGCGAUCCUCCAGCUAUUGCCUGGCCAUGAGAGACAAUCGCUGCAACUGGCCACGUGGCAAGGUGAUGGGAGGCAGUUCCGUGCUCAACUAUAUGAUGUAUACACGAGCGAAUAAAAUGGACUAUGAUCGCUGGUCUAGCUUGGGAAAUCCCGGCUGGAGCUAUGAGGAGCUCUUGCCAUAUUUUCGAAAGUACGAAGGAUCACGCAUACCCGAUGCGGACACGGGGCAUGCCAAGCCCGGCCUACGUGGACCUGUGAAGAUCAGCUACGCAAUGGACCGCACACCGAUCGCCGAUGCGUUUAUUACCGCCUCAGAGCAGGCGGGUCAACAACGCGGCGACUACAACGGCGAGCAUCAACUGAGAGUCUCCUAUCUACAGGCGAACAUAUACAAUGAGACACGCUGGAGCUCCAAUCGUGCCUAUCUCUAUCCCCUGAAGGGAAAACGUCGCAAUCUUCAUGUGAAGAAGAAUGCUCUGGUGACCCGUGUGCUCAUCGAUCCGCAGACAAAGACCGCCUAUGGCAUCAUGGUGCAAACCGAUGGACGCAUGCAGAAGGUGCUCGCCAGGAAGGAAGUGAUUGUCUCAGCGGGAGCCAUUAAUACCCCUCAGCUGCUCAUGUUGUCUGGAGUUGGUCCAGCUAAGCAUCUUCGAGAGGUGGGCAUUAAGCCCAUUGUGAAUCUGGCUGUGGGCUACAAUCUGCAGGAUCAUACGGCACCCGGUGUAACCUUUGUGAGUAAUGCUUCAUCGCUAAAACUUAGUCAAAUACUGACCACCGAAUCUGUCGGCAAUUAUUUGCGUGGUCGUGGUCCAAUGAGGAUUCCUGGUGGCGUCGAGGCCAUUUCAUUCUAUGCCUUGGACGAUGAAUCACGUGCUAAGGGUUGGGCCGAUAUGGAACUCUUUUUCUCGGCAAGCAGUUUAAGUUUUAAUCCCGCAUUGAGAUUGACUUUCGGUCUAAGGCCGGAAAUUUAUGAGGCAAUCUACGGAGAUUUGGAGCGCAAGGGUACUAACACUUUCAUGAUCUUUCCCAUGAUAUUGCGAGCCAAGAGUCGAGGUCGUAUUAAGUUGCGCAGUCGUAACCCCCUUGUACAUCCCCUGAUCUAUGCCAAUUACUUUUCCCAUCCCUAUGAUAUGAAUAUUACAGUACGUGGCAUCCAAAAGGCGGUGAGUCUAAUCGAUAUGCCCGCUUUUCGGGCGAUCAAUGCAAAAGUGUUGGAUAAACAAAUACCGGGUUGUAGUCAACAUGAAUGGAUGAGUGCCAAAUAUUGGGAAUGUCAUGCUCGACACUUAACAUUUACGAUCUAUCAUUAUUCGGGCACUGCCAAAAUGGGACCACGCUGUGAUCCCAGUGCCGUUGUCGAUGCCCGUCUACGUGUCCAUGGCAUUGGACAACUACGUGUCGUGGAUGCCAGCAUAAUGCCCUAUCUGGUGUCCGGCCAUCCUAAUGGGCCAGUCUAUUUAAUAGCCGAGAAGGCCGCCGAUAUGAUUAAACAAGAUCACAACUACCGCAACUAGAACAAUAAAUAUAAAUUCUUGCCACUUUCAAGAUUGAUUUCA